AUGGACCCAAAAAACCCAAGUUAUUUUUCAAUUUCCAGCAAUAUAGACUACGACGAUUUGGACGAUCAAGAUACUGCUGAUGUUAACUUGAACAAUGUUAAACUCAAUACGUUGUCUGCGAGUGAACAAGAAAAAGAAGAUGAGAGAAUGUGGCAAGGGGUUCAAGCUUUCUUUGGAAAUCGAUACACAGAAGCACAAGAAAUCUUUGCUGAAAAAGCUGAUAUCGAUCCCUUAUAUGCUCUAGGUCAGGGAUGUAUUUCAUUUUUAAAAGCGGUAACGACUUUUAACGAGCAAGAUAUUGCUAUAGCAAUUAAACAACUUGUUUCUGCGGAAUCCUUAGCUAGCGCACAAAUAGGAGCCUUUAAAUCACAAUUAAGCAUAGGAUCGAGUUUUGGAAAACUUAUAUCCAGUUUAAGUUACUUUGGAAAUAAUAAUAAAAAUCAACAAUUUAUGUCAAAUGGACAGUUAAGAAGUACUGUUAUUAAAGCUGAAUCGAUAUUAUUGAUAGCUCUUAUUCAGUUACUUCAAGAAAGUAUCGUUAGUUAUGUAAAAGCAGGAUUGAAUUUAAGACGAGGUUAUAAAAACUAUGAAAUUGUGUGGAAUGAAAUUAACAAACCUGGUUUCAAUGUACCUGUCGAUUACCAUACUAAAGGAGGUGUAGAAUUUGGCGGUUGUAUUGAUAAUAUUUUAAUUUUCUAUUCUGAACCAUGUUAUAAGGGGAAUAAAGAAUUGGCUUUAGAAUUAUUGAACGCGUCCUUAAAAGGAAGAGGAAUUAGAUCGCCAUUGGCAUCUCUCUUAUUUGUUACAUCAUAUACAAUGUUGACUUCUUUUUCGCCAUCUACUUUGGGCCAAGAUAAUAUACCAAAAGCCGAAGAGUAUAUUAAGGAUGCUUUGAACCAAUUUCCUGGUUCCGACUUCUUCACCUUUUUCGCUGGUCGUAAUCUUCGGCUUAAACGUGAUCUAGACGCGUCUACCGAAGCAUUCAUAUCAGUAAAUCAUAACCUGAAAGAGGGAUUUGGUGUUGAAUUAAGACGUCUAUGUGACUAUGAACUUGGAAUGAACUAUGCAAUGACUUUACAAUGGGAAAAGGCUGUGGAAUGUUUUGAUAUACUUGCAACUGAGAAUUAUUGGAGUCCUGCAUUUUUCCGGUACUUUCAAGCAGCUUGUCUAGAGAUGCAAGGGAAGAAGAAGGAGGCCAUAUAUUUAUAUGUAGAUGUUCCAAACCUAUCUGUACGAAAAUUUGGUGGUCGCACUAUACUUGUGGAACAGUAUGUCACUCGUAAAACAAAAAACUAUAUUGCAAAAAAUUUUGAAAAUACAUUAUUACCGGGUUUGGAAAUCCUACUUAUAUGGAACAGUUUUGCGUGUAUGAAAAAUGAAGAUUUGUUCCGUUGUUUAGAUAUAGUUAAUUCAAAAUUAGAAUCUAUAAGUAAGAUCGACAAACAAAAUAUAAUUGAUUCACAAUGUAUGCUUCGCCUUAUCAAGGGUUCUAUAUUGAACCAGCUUCAUAAAUUUCCAGAGGCUAAUCAAUGCUUCAAUUGGAUAUUUGAUCAUGAUGACGACAUUGUCGAAGAUAAGUUUAUUAAGCCAUUUGCCUAUUGGGAAAUGGGAGUAGCUGCGUUUUUAAAAGGUAAUUUAGAAAAGGCUAAAUUAGCAUGGGAGGAAGCUGCUAAUUUCAAUGGAUAUGAAUUUGAAUUUAGACUUGCAAUGCGUUUACAUUUAUCCUUAAUGAAAGUAAACGAAAUGCUCCCUGAUAAAAAGAAAAAGUCGAAAACUUUUAUAUAA